AUGGACAGCCCGCCCGUUUUGACAGCUCUAAUACUCACCUCUCAAGAUUUCACCAAGUUGCUCUUAACAAGAUCCUUGACUUCUGAGCCACGUCUCUUAUUCGCCGUCAAAGACUCCAACGAAUGGCGCUUCUACACGUCGCCUCUGCUCCAGAACCGAGACGAGAACAACUCUCUUGUAGUAUCAGCCGAUUUUCAUAUGCAAUUACGUGGAAAUAUUGGAAAAGAGAUUUGUGUUCCGGUCUCUGGCUUGCUCUAUUCCCCUAAUAUGCAGAGAAGUAAAGCGCCGGCUAUAUGUAACCCUAGCAUGGGACAGUACGUGAGAUUACCUCAACUGAACUGGAAAGGGGAUUCAAGAAGCUUAUUAGGGUAUGAUCCUAUUGGCAAACGAUACAAAGCACUAACCCUAAGGAACUCACUCAAUGGAGCAUCUAAUGAAACUACAAGAAAAUUGGGUUUUAAUAGCAUCUGA